GUAGGCAGGCCGUAAUAAUGGGUAUCAACAUCGCGAUGAUCUGUGAUUUUUUCCAUCCGAAUGUGGGUGGGGUGGAGAACAACAUUUAUAUGCUCAGCGCGAACCUGAUACGGCGCGGUCACAAGGUCAUCGUGAUAACGCACAGCCAUCCUCCAGAUCGAGUGGGCGUCCGGUGGUUACUGCCAGGGCUGAAAGUCUACUACAUCCCAUUUCCCACAAUCGCCUCUUCUGCAACUCUGCCUAAUUAUUUCACAUUUUUGCCCUACUUUCGGACGAUUGUUCUACGGGAGAACAUUCAACUGGUACACAGUCACGCCGGUCUCUCCUCACUGGGUCAAGAAGGAAUCCUACAUGCUCACCUCUUGGGGGUGCGGACGGUCUUCACUGAUCACAGUCUGUUCGGUUUCGACGAUGCCGCAAGCAUAUUGACAAACAAGCUACUUGAAGCGGCACUGCGUAACGUAGAUGCCGCUAUCUGUGUCUCCCAUACUGGGCGCGAGAACACAGUCCUACGAGCGAGACUACAGCCGAGUGUGGUGCACGUCAUUCCAAAUGCACUCGUCGCGGACCAGUUUAAGCCCCCUUUGAAGCUACCUUCAGAAGAUACCAUCACCAUUGUGGUGGUGGCCAGGUUGGCGUACAGGAAAGGCAUAGAUUUAUUGAUCGCUACAGCACCUCGAAUAUGCGCCAUGUUUCCCAACAUCAGAUUCCUCAUCGGUGGUGACGGACCCAAGAUGAUCGACUUGCUCCAGAUGCGGGAGAAGUAUUUUCUGCAAGACCGUAUAGAGGUCCUAGGAGCUGUCCGCCACAGCGACGUUCGGAACGUUCUCGUCCAAGGGUCCAUCUUCAUGAACACGUCCCUUACAGAAGCUUUCGGGAUUGCCAUCCUAGAAGCUGCCUGCGCAGGACUGUACGUCGUUUCUACGCGUGUAGGAGGAGUCCCGGAGAUCCUCCCAGAGGACAUGAUAUCGUUUGCAAAUCCAGACGAAGAUGACGUCGUCCGUGCCAUGUCGGAAGCCAUCCGCAUCGUAUCGGCCGGUAAACAUGACCCUUAUCAGGCGCACGAGCGCAUCAAACACUUCUAUGACUGGCAAGAGAUCACUCAGCGAACAGAGGUCGUCUAUGAGUCUAUCAUGGCCUCAGAACCGUACGAUUUCUGGACACGCCUGAACCGAACGCUAGACGUGGGACACAUCGCAGGGAUCAUAUACGCCAUUAUCCUCCUCGUCGAUUGCCUCUUCUUCAUGUUCCUCGAGUGGUGGCUCCCUGAAGAGCAAAUAGAUAAAGUGCAGAUGCACUGGAUCCCGGAGCGCUUUCGAGAGGUUGCCGAAGAGCAUGACGCUCGCUGAACAAUACAGGAUACUGUACUCCUGUUUGCCAUCGGUCAACUUCGUCAGAAGUCGGUCACCCGUGUGGACUCGUUCGGCUUCCCUAUCAGCAGAUCCCAAGUCGCAUGUGGACAAUAGGAAUUAUGUAUACUUUCUCGGCUGUCCGGACCGUCUCUGAAUGAUGUGCUGUGCCUCACGUGUUUUGUGAACAUCCAUCAAGGUUCUGAGGUAG